UCGAGGGUUACGCCGCCUGCUGAUGUCAGUACUCCGAGGGUAGCAGUCGGCAAAAAGGCGGUUCGUACAGCUACUGCCCCGGCACUUACGGUGCCUCAGCUCCGGAGCCCACAACAGGAAAACCAGCAGACCCUACGGCCAGAUGAACCACGUCGGUGGGAGCCACGAUCACCGUUUAACCGUGCCUGGUACAGUGGCCACUCCACGCUCAAUCGUUACGGCUCCCAGGAGAGUGCAUAUAAUAGCCGCCGGGGACUAUGGUCAGGUAGCGGCACACUGCCGUCUUCCGCCUUGGGCAGCUCCUCGGGGUGUUUUCAUGAUGUACGCGAAGUGUACACAAUCCAGCAGGUACUGCGCGACACUCUCGAGACGCGUCGUCGGCCCCAAGACGAAAAGAACAAAGUAAUGGUUCGACAAAGACAUAGGAAGGAGUACCUUCGAUCAUGGAGUCGAGAGCGGAUUAUAGUUACAGAACAAAUCCUCUAUCCGACAACAAACCUUUCAGUCACCAGCGCAGGUAGCUCGCUGUUGAACGUGACAGAAGGUCUAGGAAAGUCUAAUGUCUCUGCGCAAGCUUCACCCAGUUGUCAUGAUACCUCUAGUUCAAGGAACAGUACUGGUUAUACAUCCCCAUUCCACACACUCAGCCCACCAGUCAGAACUUCUGCGCACUUGAGUGAUCAAGUCCACGUGGUGCCUGUUGUUUGUAAUUCGAAAAAAUCUGCAGACAAGUCGCAGAAGGUAAUUGCAAGGCCACGUCUGAGGAAGCAAGUGUCUGCACCAGGAACCUACUUGUUCGGCGAGUUGGAUGCUUUCAAUGACACUGAAAUGCAAAAUGACAACGGGAGACAGAUUCCCCUCAAGUCCACUCUAGCCAUGUUGCGCUCUCCUUCAGCAAAUUCGCCUUCCUUAAUCCGCAAAACAGACCAGCGCAACGUCCGAUUCGCAUCUAACUACAGACUACCUGAACACAUGGACGAAGACCAGUUUGUGUAA